CUCCAUCCAUUGUUUCGUGGGUAGACAGUAAUAACAAAAUUUUCCAAAAAAUCUUUUCAUUUUCAUCAAAUUUUUAAAGGAUUAAAAACCUUGGUUUCUUUUUUUACUUUUUUUUUUUAUUAUUAUUAUUUGAUUUAAUCCAUAUCUCCUUUUUUUUUUUUUUGUUUUAAUCUCCUUCCAAUGAUCUGGAUUGCACGUGAGUAAAGUACCCCGACGAAUAUAUGAUUUUCUUUUAUAUUCUUUUUUACUAGUGCUGCCUACACACACCGCACACCACAUUACAACAGUACAAAUCUAGUGAACAGUACAAGAGUAGUGUUGAUUUGCAGAUUACUAAUUUAUGAGAGAGAGAGAAUGGUGGAAGAUGAUUUAUGGCAGCAAGUUGUAUUAUUUCUGGGGCGUGGCCACGAGAUUGAGGCUCGAACUCUUGAGGGCAUUCAGAUCGAGCACGUCGAGAAGGGUCUAAUCCGCUGUAAAUUCGUGGUUCCCAAACACCUCUCAGACAAGGAUGGAAAUUGGCAAGUCGGAGCUAUGGCCACCCUAAUCGAUGUCAUUGGGUCUGCUGCUAUAUUCACCUGUACUCCCCACCUCAAAGGAUCCGUUGUUAUCGACAUAUCUUACUUUUCCACGGCUAAGAUUCAAGAAGAAGUAGAGAUAGAGGCAAAGGUUGUAGGACAGACGGGGAAGAUUUUGGGAGUAGUGGUGGUUAUCAGCAAGAAAGGGGGUGGAGAGAUGAUUUCUUUGGGUAAACAAUGGAUGGCUUCAACUAAUCAACCACAUACUCCGCCUACCAACAUCAAUCCUAGCAAGCUCUGAUUUGAUUCUGCAUUGAAUGUGCUCAUUUUUCAGUUAAACUUGAUUUUUAGAAAAGAUUGGGUUAGAGUUCUAAGCCCCUUUUUCUCUUGAA